CUUUUUUAAGUGUUACCACCUUAUUAGUGUGCCAAGCUUCAAAAUGGCGGAAUUUCUGUCUACCUUGGUGGCUGGAAUUAGUGUUGGAAUUCUCAUUGGAUUGUUCGUUUCCAGACGACGAUUGAAUCAAAUAAUAUUCUUAUGAAAUUAUUAGGUCCUAUUUUACAAGCAAAACAAAAACCUGACUCAAAGAAGUCCCCUGGCUCUGAUAAUGAAUCGGAGGAUGACGACGACGAGGAUUUAGAAUUUAGUGAUUGGGGAGAUUCCAAGAUGGUGAUGGUUGUAAGACAAGAUCUUGGUAUGGGCAAGGGCAAAGCUGCUGCUCAGUGCUGUCAUGCCGCUUUAGCUGUAUACAAUAAGGCAAAACGAAGACACCCUGAGUGGGUCAAAGACUGGGAGUUCGCAUCAUGGCCGAAGAUUGUACUCAAAGCCCCAAAUGAAGAAACAAUUUUGGAACUAGCUGAAAAAGCUCAUAACUUGGAGUUAGAUUUUGUUUUGAUAAGGGAUGCAGGAAGAACUCAGAUUGCACCAGGCUCAAAAACUGUCUUAGGAUUAGGACCAGCUCCCUGCGAACUGAUUGACAAAGUUACUGGAAAACUAAAACUGUAUUAGAACUUACCAAUUAGAUGUCCUGUUUUAGGGAUGAAUUUAGUAGGGAAUAAAGAAACUAUUUUUCAUCAUUAUCAUCAAUUAAUUGGACUAAUGCACAUCUAAAGACAGCAACAAACAUAUUAGCAAACAAAGAAGCCUUUUCAAGCUUCAUAUCCCUUUGAUUAUGUUGCUAUUGCUUUACUAAAAGUUCUGCUUAUUAAUCAAAGUUUCAGAAUGUUUUAGAAGGGUUGUGAUUUAGAAUGUGGCAAAAUUAUAGGAACAAACAAGUUUAUUGAGUUUUUGAAUUAAUGUUUUGCAAUUUACAAUGAUUUGGUUCAUGAAUCAAAAGUAUAUUGAAUGUCAGUAUAAAGUUCCAUGUAAGACAUUCCAUGAAAAAGACCUAAAAACAUUUGUUAAUUACAGAAUCUUUUUGCCUAAGAACAAGAGUAGCUAAGAAUGGCCUAAAAAUAAGAACAUAUCUUCUAUAUUUAACAUAAAAAAGGUUAUCCAGAUGAUGUAGCAAGCAAAAGUGAUUUCAAAUUGGUCUUGUUGCCAGAUGAACUCAUUGACCUUGAAACUCAGAGUGGAAAUUUUUGACUUAUCCUGCUCUUCAUGUUUGAGUAUGACAUCACUAUCUAUAACUAUACAUAAUCAAUCACUCUGUGACUUGAUAGGCCAGUUAAAAAUAGUCUUAAUAACAGGUAUAAUAAUUUUGUUAUCAACUUAAAAAGAUUGAACUAGCAGGAAUUUAAAGCAGAAAGAGUAAAUAUUUCCAGGUUUAGUUUAUUAAAAAGUGAAAUUAUCUUUUUAAUUCAACUUUUGAGUGGCCCAUUUGAGAUGAUAUUACUUAGGCAAGAUAUAUGUAUUUCAGUGGUAUUUUUGUAUUCUUUUGCAAUUUUAAUAUCCUAAGAGUAUGAAGAUGUUAG